ACUGUUUUACAGUCUUUCUGGUCAGUGACGUCUGACUUUAACGUUCAGCCUCACUCAGACCGCUACAACAAAUACAAGUCUGAAGCAGAGAGAAGCAGAGAGCAUUUCAUUCCAAUGGUGUGAUUAUACAUGAGCGGUACAAACUGGGCGUAAAACCAGAUCUACUACAUCUAGAGACAUGAACACAUAUUAUUUCUUUUUUUUUUGUUUGUUUUAAAUGAAGGAAAUACAUUUCAGUUAGAUUUUGAUGAGCGCGGUGACUUCUUCGGAUAGUUGAUGUUGGCCUCACUGUCCACAAUGAUGUCACAUGGUUUCAAGAGCAGUAAACAGGACUUCACCUUUGGACCAUGGAAAGUGACUGCUGCCAAAAACCACAUCAUGAAAUCCAAAGACAUUGAACGAGAGAUGAGUGUCAUUGUUUCAGACUAUGACCAGUAUCCAGGUCAGCUGUUUAUUGUUUUCCUCUCCAGGUUAGCAGAAGAGAUGAGCAUGCCCUCCCUUCCAGAGAUGCUGUUUGGGGACAACGUCCUGCGAAUCCAACACACAGAGGGCUACGGCAUUGAAUUCAAUGCCAUUGAUGCCCUUAAGAGAGUAAACAACAUGGAGGAUGCUGUCAAGGUGGCCUGUGCUCAGGAAUGGCAGGAGAGCAGAGCUGAUUCUGAGCACUCCAAAGAGGUGGUGAGACCUUACGACUGGACAUACACCACUGACUACAGAGGCACACUGAUAGGAGACAAUAUGCAGAUAAAGGUGACUGAGACAGCAGAACGUAUUGACAUGGAGAAGCUGAAGGCUCGGGAACAGAUCAUGUUCUUUGAUGAUGUGCUGCUGUUUGAAGACGAGCUGCAUGACCACGGAGUCUCAAUGAUCAGUGUCAAAAUUAGGGUAAUGCCCACCAGUUUCUUCCUGUUGCUGCGCUUCUUCUUACGAGUGGACGGAGUGUUGAUAAGAAUAAAUGACACACGACUGUAUCAUGAGGCUGGAAAGAAUUACAUGCUACGAGAGUUCAGCACAAGGGAAAGUAAAAUUGCAGAACUAAAGAAUGUUCCUGCUGCACUGUACACUGAUCCUAAUGAGAUCGCCCAGCACUUAACCCUGAAGCUCACCGUGUGUGAGAAGCUGGAGCUUCCUGUGAUACAGCCUCAGACAGCUGUUAAUGAAGUCCUUCAGUGACCAGUAUACUAAAAGGUCCACACUGAUAUGUUGUGUGAUGAAAAGCAGAAAUAGUAGUCUUAAACCACAUCCUUAACCUUACAGUAACAUAACCAUUGAUUUCCCCUUUAAAUAUCUGAGGAAUAGUUUGUACAGGAAUAGUUUUUAUAUGUGACCAUUAUGAUGGUGUGUUCUUAAAACGCUGCAACUUGACUUGUGGCUGUCUCUGUUUUCAUGGUGCAUCUUUAUGCACUGUAAUAUAGAAUCGGUUACCCAUUUAACACUUUGGUAUAGCUCCUGGCUUUGGUCAUACAUGAGCUGAUUUUGUUUUAUGAUACAUUUUUCACUGUCCAAUUGAUCUGCAUUUUGACAUCCUGUAAGAAUUGGUAGGAUAGUUGAUUCCAUGCUUGUAAUGUUAGUAUAUCAACAAUGAUUGAUAAUGUAUUUGUAAAAAGCUACACAAAACAGCACUAAAGUCAAGGUCAUCAAGAAUUUCUGUAAAUAUGACUGCUGUAUUUUCUACAGUAACUUAUAGUAGGUGAACAAGCCUGAAUAUGUCUACCACAUGGCCAAAUAAAUUUUGUUUGUGUAAAUACA